GGGCGAGUGAGCGGGAGCGGCUGGAGGCGGAGGGAAGCCGGAGGGGGGAGAGGAGAGGAGAGGAGCAGAGCGGCGCGGCCGGUCUGUCCAGCCAGCCACCGACAGCCGCUGUCACUGACCCCAGCGCGCCGCCCGGGGAGGGCGCGGGGAAUGCUGCAGACCCCGACACCAGCACACCAGCAACAGGCGGCCGCUGGUGAGGCGGCGAGAGAGGACCGAGUAAUGGAGGAGUGUAAGUUGAAAGCAGCUACUCCAGCAAAGAAAUUAGUCCAAGCACGAUUACCUUUCAAACGUCUCAAUCCCGUACCAAAGCCAGAAAAUGAAGAGACUGAUGAUGCCAAGCGGACAAAAAUAUCUCCCAAUUCACCUGUGCAGCUAACUUCAGAAAAACUGAUGGUCUCUGUUGAGGAUGUUGAGAAUGACUGCAAAAUAAACUUAGAUGGCCAGACUGGAAAUUCACCGGCAUUGGAUGGGGAUCUUGUUCCCUCCAAACUUGUUAAUGGGAAAGGACCUCUUGAUGGUUUCUUGAAUUUCAUUCAGACGAGUAAGCCCGUGCCUAAGAUGCACAGUAGUGAACUCCAUUCCACAAUUGACUUGACAUGUGAUUCUAGCAACGAAGUCAUGGACAGUGCAGACACCACAGUUGUAAAAGUAGUGGCUUCUAAAUGUCUGAAUAAGAAAACAAAUGUUGAUCGUGAAAAAACAUGCAACUGGUUGAGAGCUAGUUUAACAAAAGCAGUAACUUCUGAAUCUAUGAAUUCUGGAAAUUCAGUACCUGGGGAGACUAGCAGUGAAACGAAGGCCAAGGAAGGGCAAGAAAUGGAAAGUGCAAGCCCUAGUUCUAUCAGCUUACUUGGAAGCAGAGUUCCAGUGGUGGUAUUAAAAGAUAUAAUGGCUGAUAAAUCAUGCUGGGCUGGGAACCUGGCAAAGGGGAUAGUCCAAGUUGAAGGAACACGAUCAUUUGAUAACGAAAAUAACAACUCGCCGAUCAGCUCCUUAUCAAGUUCAUUUUCAUCUGUUGAGAGUUCACCAGAAGCAAGAACUCCAAAGGAUAAGAGGAGUCCAGUAUCUACAUUAACGACUUCAGGCAGCAAGAUCUGUCAGACUCCUAAGGUGCAAGGCAAGAGAUCCCUGCAGCAACAGCAGCGUGAAGAGAAACGGCAAAAGCUUCAAUUACAAAAAGAAGAGCGGGAACGUGCAAGAGAGGAGGCCAAACUCGCCAAAGAGCGUGCAAGAGAAGAAGCCAAGAGAAAAAAGGAUGAGGAAAAAGAACAGAAGGACAAGGAGAGAAAAGAGAAAAAAGAAAAGGAAGAAAAGGAGAAAGCAGAGAGAUUAAGAUUAAAGGAGGAAAAACGGAAAGAAAAGCAAGAUGCGUUAGAGGCCAAAUUGGAAGAGAAGAAAAAGAAGGAAGAGGAGAAACGGUUAAAAGAGGAAGAAAAGCGUUUGAAGGCAGAAAAAGUAAAGGAAAUUUCAGAAAUAACAAGAUUCUUCCAAAAACCAAAGGCUCCACAGGCCCCUAAGACUCUUGCUGGAUCCUGUGGGAAGUUUGCUCCUUUUGAAAUCAAAGAACACAUGGUCCUUGCUCCAACAAGUCGGAUAUACUUGGAUCAAGAAGUUCUUGAGCAAUUAGAUGAGUUGCUGGAACAUCAGAGUUCCAGUUCUAAUUACUUCAAAGAGUUGCACAGGCAGAAGCCCAGAACAUCUGGCCCUACAAGUCCCAGAAUCAGCAUCACUGAAGGCAGUUCGUGCAGCAGUGAUGUGAUUGUGAUAGACACUAAUUCAAGUAGUGGAACCAUUGAUAGGAAGAAAUUUUGCAGGAUGAAGCUGCUACAGUUUCAUGAAAAUCAUCGUCCUGCCUACUGGGGGACCUGGCAGAAGAAGAGUGCAAAGGUGAAUCCCCGGAAUCCAUUCGCUAAGGAUGAGCAGUUAUUGGAUUAUGAAGUGGACAGUGAUGAUGAGUGGGAGGAAGAAGAACCUGGAGAAUCCCUCUCCCACAGUGAAGGGGAUGAUGAUGAUGAGGGAGACGACGAAGAUGACGAUGAUGGAUUUUUUGUUCCCCAUGGCUAUCUGUCUGAAGGAGAAGGUGCAACUGAUGAGGAGGGUGAAAAUCCCGAAAAGCAGAAAAUCCGUCAGCGGAUGAAGGCAAAAGAAUGGGACGAGUUGAUGAAAGGAAAAAAAUUUCAAGUGCUGCAGCCCACCCUGCUUGGAUGUUUUUGGGAGAAUGACAGUGAUGUGUUGCAUGAAACCACCAUGAAGACACUUCAGCAGUUUUCCAUUCACAUGUUUGAAAACCAGGUCGAAGAUGAGCAGCUGCAGGAAACACACAAUGGGAAAUUAAAAGAAGAACAAAUAUUGAUGAGCCUGCUUCCACUACUUCAUGGAAAUGUGAGUGGAAAAAAAGCCAUUAUCAAGGAGUUUCAGGAGUGGUACAAACAUAAACCUUCUGCAGAUACGCCAGCACUUCCUCCUCCUGAUUCGUCAAGUCCCCCAGGCUCUGAUGCCUCCAGACCUCAGACUCCCACAGUGGAUGAGGAUGUGUCCAUCCCAUCCAAGGCAAAAUUACGACGACUUAUUGCAGAGAAUGGAGUAUAUGAAAAGAGAAGAGCAUUCAGACUGAAGUGUUGGUAUGUACAUGAACAUGUGCUGAGAAAGUUUAGGAUGGAAAACCUUCCUGUCCCAGGACAAUGGAAUUGCCUUGCACAAGUCCAGUCUACAGUCAAGGAGGAGAGUACCAUUACAGCGGGCAGUGGACAGAAUACUCCCAGUUUGGUGAGGACCACACCACAAUGCAUACCUGGUUCAGGAAAGCGGAAGCCAGCUGGAAGUAUGUCCAUAAAAAAGUUCAUGCAGAAGUGUGUAGACACUGACGCAGAUCAGGCUGAAGCUAUGGACACGGAUGGUUUUCAGGCAGAUACAGAAGAGGACGAGGAUGCAGACUGUGUAAUUGUUGAUGUGCAGAUGAACAAGCCUACUCCAAAUGACAAAGAGUGUAACGUCAAACAUAAGGUGAAGCCUGUGGAAUUGUGUUCCAAAUUGGCAACUGACAUCGUGCCUCUAGAGCUGAGCUCAGAACUGGCUGCUGAUGAGACAAUGGACAUUGAACCAUGUGAAAAUGCUGCUGUCAACUCUCCCAACCAUACCUGAAUUGAUAAAUAUAUAUAUACUAAUAGCUUUAUGUAUGUAGGGUGCUUUUUUUCUGUUUAGAAACUUUUUAAAAACAUUUUCUGUAUCAUUUCAUAAACUUAAAAUACUUGAAGUUCUGUAAGAAAAAACAAAUAAAAUGGCACUUUUGCAACAAAAAAUUGUAAUUUGAUAAUUUAAGAAAUUGACAUGAGUAUAGUUAAACUUAUGGGCAUUAAUAAACAUCCAGUUAUGUACAAUACAAAAUCUUGGCAUUUCUGACACUUGAAACAUUGAUUUGUUCUGAAUAUUUAUGAAUGCACUAAAAAUUAUUUAAUGUAGAUUUUUUUAUUUUGACAUUUAUUGCAAUACUACUCCCUUUUUCAGUGCCCUUAACUUAUGGCUCACUGUUUAAUGAGAAAUCUUGUUUGUAAUGCUAUUUACUUUGUGAUCUAUUUUUGAAAUACCUUUUUUGUAUUUAACUUAAUAUUGUCAUUCAUGAAUGUUUACUUCCUCUGCCCAUCAACUACGCCUUACAGCAUUCUCUCCAGGCUGAGCUUUGUAAAAUCAUUUAAUAAAUCUGCAUGUGGUUUAGUAG